AUUUGUUUCUGUUUUCUUGCAUGUGUCAAAUUACAUUUAAUUUUACUAUAAAAAUUUUGUUUUAAAUUUUGUAUCUUCAUAUUUUUUCUCCUCAUUUUAUUUUUCAAUUUAUUUAUUUCGCUAUGAUUUCUGAUAACAAACUAUUUCUACUUGGUAGAAUAAAUAAAGAAAUAAAAUGUAUUGAAUGCACUAUCGAAUCAUGUAUAUGUUUAUUUGUAUAUGCAUAUUGUGAUUUCGACCUCAAGAUAUAUUUCGUUGACGAUGCUGAUUACAAAUGUAGUAUUCCUAUGGAAAUUUUAGAGAAUAUUGAAUAUGAAUCUUUAACUGUUGAUCAAAUACAAUAUAAGGAAUUAUCUGUAGCUCUUCCAGCCAUAGAGACUGAUAACAAGAAAACUUAUAUAGCUGGAAUUUGUGCUGUUUUAAGAUGGGCUAUAAAAUUCCACAUCGACAAUUUUCCUGACAGCUUUUCGCAAGCUUUGCUGGGAUUUAGAGGUGGAUGCCUUGUAGCUUGUGCUGAAAGUUCUAUAUGGACAAAAUUUUGUGAACUUCAGUUGCCUAAUUCUGUAGCUGAAAUGAAUUCUCUAAAAGAAAAUGAGGAGCAAUCAGUCACAAUUCCAGAAACUUUAGUAUUACUCGAAGCCCAUUUGAAACAACCUGUCAGAACACACAAUAUUUUAAAGAGAAAAUUGGACAUUGCUAAAAAGAUGAAACAGAAUAAAUCUGAUACAGAAACUAUUGACUCUAUUACGGUUCCUGCAGAAACUAUUGAUGUUACUAUAUAUGAUAAGAAUUUAGAUCCUGUUAAUUCUGAUGACAUCUCUAAAGCUUUGGAAAAUCUUGUCAUCACCGAAAAAUCUCAGGAUUUCAACCUUCAUCAUAAUUAUUUAGAAGGAAUUGAUUUGACUUUGGCUGAUAUGAUAGCAUUUCCAUGUGUUCACUAUUUAUUCAAUAAUCUACCUUCAAACUGCAUGGAAUAUUUAGUAAAUGUAAGGCAAUGGUAUGAAAGAAUGGUUUCUCAUGCUUUUGUUAGAAAAGCGGCUAAAAAAUGUGGAUUUUCAUUGAUGGCAAUCAAAUCAUUGGAUACCUGUGAUAUAGUUGUUCCUAUUGUUGAUAAAGAUAGUUUGUAUAAAAGAGACCCAUCACACACAAAGUUAAAGAUCAAGCAUAAAAAUCCCUCUGAAAUUUUGACUCUUCUUCAAAAUGCUUCAAUACACCCACAGUAUAGCACUAAUUUCUGCAGCUCAUUAGAAUGGGAAAAAUUGCCAUCUGCUCUGCAUCCUGCUACUGGUGAUUUGCCACAAAAGCGUGUUGAUAGAAAGUGCCAACAAAUUGAAAGUAUGGUUACAGCUGUUCUGAAAGUUGCUGAGGAUGGUCAAACUAUUGUUGAAUUCUGUGCUGGAGGAGGGCACGUUGGAUUACUUCUUGCAUAUUUUCUUCCAAAAUGCAAGAUUGUCUUAAUUGAAAAUAAGGAAUCUUCUAUUUUUCGUGCCAGAAAUAGAGCUGAAUCUUUAAAUUUGACCAAUGUAUUCUUUUAUCAGUGUAAUUUAGAUUACUUCAAAGGGACCUUUGAUCUAGGUGUGUCAUUGCAUGCAUGUGGUGUAGCUACAGACUUAGUAAUUCAACAGUGUAUUAAACAACAAGCUUCAUUUGUAUGCUGUCCUUGCUGUUAUGGUGGUGUGCAGAAUACACAUUUGCUUAAUUAUCCUCUAAGUAAAAAAUUUUGCAGUACAUCUUUAACCUAUGAGAAAUACCUCCUUUUAGCUCAUUGUGCUGAUCGAACAGAAAUCAACACACCUACUGCUGAACAAGGUGAGUUAUGUAUGGGCCUUAUAGAUACCGAUCGAGCAUUUUAUGCUGAGGAAUAUGAAUAUGAUGUUAAACUUACUACUCUGGAACCUAAAUCAUGUUCACCAAAACACAAUCUUAUAAUUGGAAGGUCCCCGAAGUUAAAAAGACUUGAUGCAUAGAAUAAUUGUAUUGUGUAUUGAAUUGUAUUUUGUAUAGUUUUGUAAAAUAAAGUUUUAUUUAACUUUU